AUUCUUAUUUCUGGAAACUGCAGAGUGCAGGCUACUAGUACGACGUGAAUUUUGCGUACCUAUAGUUUUUCGUGCCAACUGCCAAGAUUUGUUGGGCAUAAACUCUUUCACAAUUUCUAAUAAUAAUUGGACUUCGAACAAACAAGUUACUGUUGUUUUUCAGGGAACACGGUAGAUUUGUGAAAUAAUCAUGAGUUUGCAAAAAGUUGAUGAGAAUGAAUUGGAUGAAGAAAACCGCAAUAAUAAGAGUAGCAAUUUUGCCACAGGACUAGGUAUUGUUGCAGCAGUGGGUAUCGGUGUUGGGGCGGCCUUGUACUACUUCGUACACAAGUCUCAGCGUCCUGCAAACGAAGGAUCGACUAGCGAGCAAGCCUUAACUAUUCGCCGCAACAACUCUAUAUCCGAGGCAUUCCGCAACCGCGCGAAUACGUUGGAGCUGUGCUCCAUUUGUUUUGAGGCGAUACUCAAAGAUCAGCCAGAAAUGUCCUUUAAGUGUACACAUCGGUUCCACGCUGGCUGCAUCCUACCCUGGCUGGAGGGGCACCAGACUUGCCCCAACUGUCGUAAGGAUAUUUAAGGAAUCUCUUCUGACCGCCACUUAGACAGCUGGACUGCAGUUAUAAUAAAGAUGUAAACUUAGUAGGGGUACCUAUAUAAUAAAUAGAAAAAAAAACUUAAAAAAAGAUAAUUUUAAAUGUUAAUAAUAUUAUAUCUUACAGACAUAGAUAAUUAUUUAUACGUCUAGAUAGACUAUGACAGCUGUAAACAGUUCGAAAAUUAUUGCGGCCAACUGUUAGCCCCAAUUUUCGGCAACGCACGCACACUAAAACGCCGAAGUGCCAUAUCAUAUCGCGAGUGUAAGACGUAACUGUCAAGCACACUAAAGCAGUAAACCUGGCCUGUUGUUAUGCGUUGUCUAACAGCAAGAGGCUCUCUCUAGACGUAUAAGUUAUCAAAGAAUUUUAAAUUGUUAAAUUAAAAUUAUAAUUUUGUUUUAAAUGUAUUUUGUAAUGAAUAAGGCCAAUGAUUGUGCCGGUUUUAGAUUUAAUGGUUAUUAAUAACAACUAGGUUAAAAAACAUAUUGACGAAUUGAGAACCUCCUUCUUUCUUGAAGUCUGUAAAAAAAAAAUAUAUACGCACGCAAAAAGUUGUACUUCUUUAACGUAACAUAAAAAAAAAUUCCUCGUGCUAUUUUACUAUUGCAGAAAGAAAAAUAUUGUAAUUAAGAAGGUAUCGAAUACAAUGAAAAAAGUAUUAUAAAGCAUAAUUUAGUUAAAUAACGUUUUAAUCAUUCUUAACAAAAUAUUAAUCAUCCAUAAGUGGAGGUUACUUACCUACCAGUUCUGCACGGCUACGGCGUUAGCGCGCGGUUAUUAGAUUACUUACAGUUCCGAAAUGAUAUUCUAGAAAGUAGAAUAAUUUGGGUGAAUUACGUAUUUUUUGUGAUAACAGUAAAUAUAUCUAGCCAUGCGUUUUUUCAGUAUCGUCAUUAUAACUCCACGGUCUAUAGCAAUUUAUUCUAAAAAUACUAGCACUAAAUAAAUAGGCACAUACACUAUUCAAUUUACAUAAAAAAAAAACAUGUUAAUGUACUGUAUAUAUUUUGUAGAGACUUGUUUUCUUUGAUUGAGAUUUCGUCACUUCGCGCUAGAUGGCGCGCAAAUAAACUUUAUUAUCCACAAUAUGCUCUGUAAAUUCUAUAAUAUAGCAUUUUAUUUGUUGUAUUCUACUUUAGGUAUGUUAUUAAAGGACAAUUAAAACAGUCUAAAAUGCGGGAAUUUUAAAUCAAGUGCCCGAUUGAAUCCGAACAAGAAUAAAUAUAUUAUCAAUGACAAAUAUAAUAAUUCGUUCCUAAAAUUUUUUCUUUGUAUUCUAGAUAAGUUUACUACAGAUAAUCUAUAUAAAUUGUGUGUAAAUAUGGAAUAAUAGGUAGAAGUAGUAAUAUUUAUUCUCGUUACCUUAUAGUACCUAAUGAUAGUGUAGGAUUUGCAGUUAGUAGUUUAACCACCUGUCAACAGAUGGCGCUCAUUACUAUAAUACCUUUCGCUUUCAUUUAUAUUUUAUGUCAAUUUGUUUCUUAUUAUGAUUUGACAUGUGUUAUUAGAAUUUUAUCAUAUUAUGUAUAGCUUAUAUUUUUCUCUACUUAUUUAGGUUUUAUUUAUCUUUAAAUGCAAAAAUUUAAUUCAUUUCUUUCCAUCUGUUGUUAUAAUAUUCCCCUUGUCAUAUGUUUUCCAUAUAGCUUUCUGUGUUUUUCCUGUGUAUGAAAUAUGAAAAAAAAAUUGUAAUAAUUCUCUUUUCGACAAAUCCAAAAUAAAUACUGUAUAUCACAUUACUUAUAAGUUAUUUGUACAUGUAUUUUUUAUUAUUGAAGAUUUUAUGAAUUUUAUUCUAAAUUAACGUGAUUAAAUUUCUAUUAGUCUAAUAAGAAUUUCAUAUUAUGUUUAAAAUAUAUCAAGUUAUUGUUAAACAGUUGACAUUAAUUUGGCAAUAACAUAAUUAGCUGUUUGGAUAUUGUAUAAAUAAAAUCAGUCGAUACUAUUAUAUUAUGUCGUUUGUGUAUGUAGGUAUUGAUAUUAUGUUGAUUUGAAAAAAUAAAGAAUUUAACUUUUGUAUUUU